CGUGCGCCAGAAGCCGAGGGAAGGGAGGACCAGCGGGCGCUGGAAGCUGGCGGAGUGAGGGAAGGGACUGGCUGGCCAGGGGAGAAGGUCUGCUGAGGAAUGGAUUACUGUGGAGAGGUGAGCCUCCAGAAGGGCUAGUCGGAGGAAGGGAGCUCUCAUUAUAGGGGAUCCUCGCUGUAGGGGGCCAUUAAGUGUUCGUCAUUAAGGGAAUGAUGCUACCCAGUAUACCCUGGAGGCUGAGGCAGGAAGAUUCUAAGUUCAAGGCUAUCCUGUGCUACACAGAGCCUGUCUCAAAAAAAAAAAAAAAAGUGUUAGCCAGUGUGAUGACUCAUGUGCAGGUUUGAAGUGUUGUUUACUUCUGGGAGUCCCUGAGUGGGAGAAUUGGCUGGAUUCAUUGCAUUAAUUGAACAGUGAUUGGGGUGCAGCAGUCAGUGUGGGGAGUAAGGUAAGGGGAGUCAGUGAAGAGCCGUUAUCACAGAUUGGGGAGAGAAGGCGGAAUGAGUGAGCUACACUGAGACCGGCCGGCAGCAGAUGGAAGACUGGUAUCAGAAUAAGGAAUAUGUCAGAAACAUUCAACUCGCCUGCGGAAGGAAGUGGGAAGCAGGCAGAGAGGCCCACGCCACUGAUCCCAACACUUGGGAGACUGAGGGAGGACUAUCGCCCGCCUUGAGUUUGAGGCCAGCCUGAGUUACAGAGUGAGACACUGCCUCCAAACAAUGGGGGAAGAGUAGGCAGGGAGGCAUGGGGCGGGACUUCACUUUUGAAGGUGAGAAAAUUCCAUAUUGGUGGUGGAGUGAGGAGUUUCUGUGUUGGUUUCCUUUUACUAUUGUUGGAGCCUCUAUCAAAUGCAAGGUGAUGCCAAGAAAUGGAUUCACGCAGACUGCCCUCCACUCUAGGAGCUGAAGAAGUUGCGGUUGGCUGUUGCCCUAGCCCUCUCCAGAUCUAAUUUAGCGUUGGUGCUCCUUAGAUUGCCUUCUUGUUUCCUCCAACCCCUUCCCUCCCUUCCAAAGCAAGACUGCCCUUUAGCCUGGUGUAGACUCUGUCGCUUUCUUAUGCAACGAAGUUUGGGGAGAACAUGAAGGGGAAAGAGCACAUCAAACAGGAAAGUGUUUUUUUGGGAACACCACAUUAAAACCCCAGCCUCUCCCAGAAGUACAUCCAAAUAAAGCCUGGCUUUGUCAUAGCUAUUCCUGCCAGGCUUCUAUGUUUGCUUUGUUAACUAUGAAUUUGGACCUUCAUCUUCUUUCAGUCUGUGUUUGUGAACAGACUUCUCCAUCCUAUUGUCUCCCAUCACAGGGUUCUAGUAGAAUUCCACGAGCAUGGCUGGAUAUUGUUUAAAAACAAACAUACAAACAAACAAACAAAAAAACCCAAACAAACAGGGAAGACUUAAAGGGCAAGUAGAGAAGGAAUCUUAGACGUGGGGAGAGCUCCUGGUUCAGAAAAGGCACAAAGAAUGUGAUGAAAUUCUAAUUGGGGAAGUUGUGAGGUAUCUUUGGGAAUGCCACGGUUAGGUCACUUACAGGGAAUUCAAAGAGACGGUCUGUCAGUCAGGAGGAGUGGUGUCUGCAGAAUGUUCUGUCUGUGGUUGAGCAAUAGAAGCAUGACAUGGGGAGGCCGAGAUGGCCAAGGUCUAUAGAAAUCUAUAAUUUUCUAAUCAAAGCUGCAACCCUCGUUGUAAUGGCAGAUUUUAAAAUUAAAAUGGAGAGAGGAAUUAUGGAAGCCUUUAAAACGCUGUACGUUAACUAAUUCGCAAAAGGAGUUCUUGGCUUCAUUGGGGCUGGCAGUGUUUCUGAGAACUUCUAUGGAACAUGGAAAAUUUCUGUUGAGUGACUCCAUUUUAUUUUUGGAAAAUAAUAAUGAUUGCUCAUACCCUUACAAUUCAUUAUUAGCAAAUGUUAGCCUUGUGUGUAUAAGCUUCGGAUCUUUUGGAGUUUUGAAAAUAGACAUUUAUUUAUAGGCAAGAUUGUAUAGGUAUCGUCGGAAACUCGCCGCCAUUCUUGCUUCUCUUCAAAUGUAACUACUGUUACAGAUUGGAUGUCUUUUCAGUCCAUUUUAAAAAUUAUGCCAUUUUAAAAAUUAUAUAUUUUGUUUCGUUUUGGGGCUGGUCUCACUGUGGUUCUGGCUGGCCUGGAACUCACAAUGUAGACCAGGACAGCCCUGAACUCACAGAAGUCUCCCUGCUUCUGCCUCCCAAGUUCAGGUACUGAAGGCGUGCACCACCACACCCAGAGUCAAUCUUUUUUUUUUUUUUUUUCAAUUUAAACAUGUGGUUUAAUAAUAAUAAAAUAAAUAUCUAUAUGACAAUGAUGUACAUUCUUUAUGUUGUAUUUACUAAAUUUUCAUAAACAUAAUUAUAUGAAUAAAAGCAAUCUCAGUAAGUAUUAUUGAAUACUAUGACAAUAUCGUAGCAUUUGAAGUACCACAUUUAAGUUACAGAUUAUUUAUUUUAUUAUGGAACUUUUAAUGAUAAUAAAAUGAUGAUGGCAUUGAUAAACAUUGUACAUGGUUGCAUAAAAUAUGAUUUCAAUUUUCUAUGUAUAAAGGUACAAUAUUGUCUUUGUAAAACAUUGUUAAAAUAUGUAAUUUUAUGACUGUCAUAAUAAUGAAAGCAUUAGUACUUUAAUUUUUCUUAUAAUGUCUUUUAACUUAAUCAGAUAGACAAUGUUUAUCAGAUUCAAUCUUUUAAAUGGCUACUAAGUGGGGGCUGGAAAGAUGGCUUAGUGAUUAAGAUCCCUGGUUGUUCUUUCAGGGGACCCGGGUUCCAUUCCCAGCACGAAUGUGUACAGAGACACCUGCAGUGUAGCUGCUGCUCUAACAGACCUUGUCUUAGGCUAGCGUUGAUCUUGCAGUACUAAAGGGCUGGAUGGACCACGGAGAUUGUGGUUUGAACGGAUUGAGAACUGCUGUAUGAUGUGGGUGAAGGAGAAAGGGCAAGCACAGGAGAUGUUAGUGUCCUGAUACAAUGCUUAGCGUGAAGGGUGUCCUGGAGAAAUGUUUCUUGAGCUAAUAGCAGGAAUCAACAGUAGCCUUCCUUGGAGAACUGCUUCUUCUAUUUGCUGCCUGGAGUUAACAUUGUUUCCUGCUGGCAGAAUCAGGGACAUGCCAGCACUUUCCCUGUACCCCAUCCCUACCCACUGCAAGGGCGCUGGAUUCUAAGCUGAUGGGGUACUCACUUCUGCAGAGCGGGAUGAGUGGGUGUUCCGGCGGGGAUGUGGUCAUUGACGGCCAAUGAGGACGAGAGCAGUGCGGCCCACUUCUUCCUCGGAGCUGGAGAUGAGGGCUUGGGCACCUGUGGAAUAGGCAUGAGGAUGGAAGAGAGUGACAGUGAGCUCCUUGAGGACGAGGAGGAUGAAGUGCCUCCAGAACCUCAAAUUAUUGUUGGCAUCUGUGCCAUGACCAAGAAAUCCAAGUCCAAGCCGAUGACUCAGAUCCUAGAGCGACUCUGCAGGUUUGACUACCUGACUGUCGUCAUCCUGGGAGAGGACGUCAUCCUCAACGAGCCCGUGGAGAACUGGCCAUCCUGCCACUGCCUCAUUUCUUUCCACUCCAAAGGCUUUCCUCUGGACAAAGCUGUUGCUUACUCCAAGCUUCGAAACCCCUUCCUUAUCAAUGAUCUGGCCAUGCAGUAUUACAUCCAAGAUAGGAGGGAGGUGUACCGGAUCCUGCAGGAGGAGGGUAUUGAUCUGCCAAGAUAUGCCGUACUCAACCGCGACCCCGCCUGUCCUGAGGAGUGCAGCCUGAUAGAAGGUGAAGACCAGGUGGAGGUCAAUGGAGCUGUCUUUCCCAAGCCCUUUGUGGAGAAGCCAGUGAGUGCAGAGGACCACAAUGUCUAUAUCUACUACCCCAGCUCUGCUGGAGGAGGAAGCCAGCGCCUCUUUCGUAAGAUCGGCAGUCGGAGCAGUGUUUACUCUCCCGAGAGCAGCGUCCGGAAGACAGGAUCAUACAUCUAUGAGGAGUUUAUGCCAACAGAUGGCACAGAUGUUAAGGUGUAUACAGUGGGGCCUGACUAUGCCCAUGCUGAAGCUAGAAAGUCUCCAGCUUUGGAUGGGAAGGUUGAACGGGACAGUGAGGGGAAAGAGGUGCGCUAUCCAGUCAUGCUGACCGCCAUGGAAAAGCUGGUAGCCAGGAAAGUCUGCGUAGCUUUUAAGCAAACAGUCUGUGGAUUUGACCUUCUUCGUGCCAACGGUCACUCCUUUGUGUGUGACGUCAACGGCUUUAGCUUUGUCAAGAACUCGAUGAAAUAUUAUGAUGAUUGUGCCAAGAUUCUGGGGUAAGAGACAUAGUGGGCAAGGGUACGGGGAAGAGGGCUCAGGAGUUU